AGGUCUCCUGGAAACGAGGGUCAACGGUUCACUCACUCUACAGACCUGUCACCAUUGACAGGGCAAAAAGUUUUGGCAUAGAAAUGGCCUCUCUGGGACUGAAAAUUUGUAGAAGGUGCAGCCAGUUGGCAGACAGAGGCAUUUUGAAAACUUUCAAGGGAUCCCUUGGUGGUGCAAAUGUGCUGGCAUCAAAAUGGUCAUCUCAGAAACAGCAGCAAAGAUCACUGUCUGUUCAUGAGUAUUUGAGCAUGAAAAUUCUUGAGGAUCUUAACAUAAAAGUCCCAAACGGAAAAGUGGCCAAAACUCCAGAAGAAGCUUUCCUUGCUGCCCAGGAAUUGCAAUCCAAUGAUUAUGUUGUGAAAGCGCAAGUUUUGGCUGGUGGUAGAGGAAAAGGAGAAUUUGAAUCUGGACACAAAGGAAUCAAGAUUGUCUAUUCACCAGAUGAGGUUAGAGACUAUUCAAAGCAUAUGCUAGGGAAAACCUUAGUAACGAAGCAGACUGGAGAGAUGGGCAGACCUUGUAAUGAAAUUCUUGUUUGUGAGCGGCUGUACCCAAGAAGAGAGUAUUAUUUUGCAAUCACACAAGACAGGAAAGCAAAGGGUCCGCUUAUCAUUGGCAGCAGCAGCGGUGGGGUGAACAUUGAAGAAAUGACUGACUCCAUCGUAACUGACCCGGUCAAUAUUGACGAUGGGCUAAGCAUGGACCAGGCAAUACGAUUCGCUUGCCAAAUGGGCUUUGGUCCACACUGUGUUGAGCCUGCAGCCGACAUUUUUGUCAAAUUGUACAAUUUAUUUAUUGAGAAGGAUUGCACAUUAAUUGAAAUCAACCCGCUGACAGAGAUCUCCUCGGGCGAAGUGGUUUGUAUGGACGUCAAAAUCAAUUUCGAUGACAACGCCUUGUAUCGUCAUCCGGAAAUCGAAGCACUCAGAGAUCCAAGCCAAGAAGAUCCAAGGGAGGUUGAGGCAUCGCUCAAGCAGUUGAAUUACAUAGGGCUUCAGGGUACCAUUGGAUGUUUAGUAAAUGGUGCAGGUCUUGCCAUGGCAACAAUGGACAUUAUAAAGUUACAUGGUGGAUCGCCUGCUAAUUUUCUGGAUGUUGGCGGAGGAGCAACUGUAGAUGCAGUAACGACGGCAUUUAGGCUCAUUAGCUCAGAUAAACAUGUCAAAGCAAUUCUUGUGAACAUUUUUGGUGGUAUCAUGAAAUGUGACGUCAUCGCUGAAGGUAUCAUAGAGGCAGCCAAAAGCCUGAAGUUGUCAAUACCACUUGUCGUAAGGCUGCAGGGUACGAAAGUCGAUGAUGCCAAGGCACUCAUUGCCACCAGUGGACUUCGAAUUUUACCUGUAGAUAAUCUAGAAGAUGCUGCAAGAUUAGUUGUUAAACUUGCCAGCAUCGUCGAACUCGCACAGGCCGCAGAUGUGCAUGUCAAUUUUGAACUUCCAAUCUAAUCUUUAAGUUUUCUCAACCCGAAAUUCGUGGCAGUUUCAUAACGAACAUUGACAGUGGCGAAUUGGUUAGCUGCUUUAUCUUGGCGUGCGAUAUUUCAUAUACUUCAGAAUGUUACAUGGCUUCCAAAUUCAGUGUUUUCAAUGUCAAUCAAAACUAGCGAGGUUUGCCUAUUGUAUGUAAUCUUAAUUUUAUGUACAUUCUUGCGAUCAUCUUCA